AGUGGGGGGUGGGGAGGUGGGGUGGAUUCCAGCCCCUAUUUGACUUUUCCUUCUCUGUGAAAUCUGCAGCUGCCCCAUUUCUGCUAACCUUAUUAACCUGAUUCUUAAAGCUUUAUCAUGAAGACUACCAGAAGGAAAAGCAAGGAUUGAAGGAGAUAUCAAUGAUCGGGGGAAUAUCAUGCCCUGAGCUUUGACAGGUUCUUGCAUUCCUUAGCCACACAACACUAAUAUCCUCGCAGUGGUCUUCAGGCCAUAGUUGUUACGAAGUUCUCAGUGACUUCUUACACCCUAAAGAGAGUUAAAAAUAAGAGAUUCUUUAGGUAUCCUCAAAGAUGUUUACCAUAGAAUGCUUUAUAAUAAUGAGAAGCUGGGGGGAAAAAAACCAAAAACCUAAUAGGGAACUGGACAAGUAAAUGAUAGGAUAGCAGUAUAAGAGAAUCUCCGUACUCGUGAAUUAUGGUGUAGACGACGUUUCAUAUGAGAAAACAGAGUAUUUCUGAAAGGAAAGAAACAAGACCACAAAUUAGCAUGUAUAAUUGUAUUCCUUUUUUUGUGUUGUGAAAGUGUAGAUAAUAUAAUAUUUGCCAGUCCAACAUUUUUCACAUAUAUAGUAUAGUUUUAUCACUUUUAGAAAAAUGAUUAACCCAGCAGGUACCAAAAAAUAAUAGUGCUUGGAUCCAGCUAGGGAGGGAAAUUUGUAAGUUUUUAUUUAUUUUUAAUUAUAUUUUAUUGAGUUUUUAUUGGAAGUUUACACAGAAAGUUAGGUUCCCAUUUGACAGUUUCCACAGUUAGUUCAGUGACAUUAGUUACAUUUAUCAGAAUCUGUCAGCAUUUCCUUUUUAUUUUUUAACAGUUUCUGCAUGUACAAUUUAGUAACAUUGGUUACAUUCUUCCAGUUGUGCAACCCAUUCUCACCUUUUCUGAGUUGUUCCUCCCUCAUUAACAUAAAUUCACUGCCCCCCCCAGGUUCCUGUCUAAUCUUUCAAGUUGCUGUUGUCAAUCUGAUCCUCUGUAGAUCUUAAAAGAGCUAUUUUUGUAUUUUUAAUGCUUGUUUAUGUUUUCUGAAUGUUCAUGGAGCAUGUAUUUCUGUUGAUUUUGGAAAAAUCAUUUUUAAAAACUGUCAGUACAGUUUUCAAGAUGUUGGACACUUGAUUCUCAUGCACACGGUCAGCACAUAUUGGGUUUUCUUUACCUGGUAAGUAAGGGAACCAACAGGAUGACAAAGCCAGUCCAAAAGAGAGUGCAACGAAACUGGGAUAUUCAUAGUGCGUGUGAACAAGGAAACUUGCUGCGUGUCCCACCAUGCAGUGAAACCAUAACCUUUGGGAUUAUCUUUCCUUCUGGACAAAAAGAAAAAUUAUUGCCCCUUAUCAGUUUUCUUGGAAACUCUGGUGGCGUUGUGGUUAAGUGCUACAGUUGCUAACCAAAGGGUUGGCAGUUCGAAUCCGCCAGGCGCUUCUUGGAAACUCUAUGGGGUAGUUCUACUUUGUCCUAUAGGGUCACUAUGAGUCAGGGUCGACUCGACGGCACUGGGUUUUUGGGUUUUGGUUUAUCAGUUUUCUAUAAGUUCGUGUCUAAUUUUAAGUGGCCCAGUAAAAAACCAGUUGCUGACUUGUUUCUAACUCAUAGCAAGACUUGUAAAAUAAGUGGAAUCUAAUAAAUGGUAAAAUAAAGUUAUUUUCCCCUGGUCAAAUGAUCCUUAAAGAAGUUUGUAAAGCUUGUUCUAGUGUGACAUACAGAGGCAUUUCUAUUUCUUAUUUCAUUUCCAAGUUUUGGAUAAAUUAUCUUACCCUAACAAAAAUCAUCACUGUUUUAGCCUACGGCGAGUAGAAGAACCCAAUAGAUUAUCAAAUUGAGCUGGAAAGAGUCCUCAUGGUCAUUGAGUCCAAUAUCCAGUUUUACAGGUGAAUUUUUGUGGCUUGCUUGGUCACGCUGUAGCUUUGGAACUAAAAUUCUUAAUUUUUUUGCAUUCAAAAAUUUUUUUUUGAAGUUCGAUACAGUACAGCAGCUUGAACAAGUGAACCUUACGAAAGAAUAAGGUUUGUAGAUACAUUUUUCCCAGAGAAAAUUAAAUACAGAAGUGGGGCUUUAGGCCUGGCUAUGACUGGCCGCCCUUCGGUGAGUCGUUUCAUUUGUCUCCUGGCUCGGUUUCUUCAACUACUGAAAUGAAGGAGCUGCAGUAGAUGGUUUUUAACUAUGGUGCCCCUAGGACUCUAGGUUGUAAGAACAUGUUGAGCCUGUGCUAUUCCGUCUCCAGUUUUACACAUGGAAGGCAACGACGGCUUCAGCUAUGCGCUAUAUUUUAGGCUUCUGGUGAUAGGAAGGAGUUAUUAGGCCUGGGGUUUGAAGUGAAGAAGAGAAGUGGAAGAGCUGGGGUUUCUGGAGGGGCUGAAGAAGGUGACAGGGAUGUAGUAAGGUCGAGGGGCAGAUUGAGAGGCAAGAGGAGAACUGAAACUGUGUUCCACAAACCUGACAGCCACUACCUCAGCGGAAGGAGGUCUAGCAGGGCUUUCUGUGGCUGUGAAAAUGGGAGAGCUGAGCAUGGCAGGCACCUGAGGUCAGGCAGAGAUGGUAAACAGCCUGGUAACAGUAAGCAGAAACAGUGAACGUCAGCUGUUAUCAGUCUUUGGGAUGUCUCUGGUUUGAGCAGGUAUUUAGGUAAAGUUGGGAAGUUGUCGAAGGCAGCAGUGCCCUCUACAGAAUUUCUGGGCAGGCCGACGGGCCUUCAGAUCAGCCACUACCUAAAGCCUGACUGCUACCUUCAUGAUGCAGGUGGUUGGCUUCACUUCAUUUUGAGUUGGGAGAUUCUGACUGAUGCUAAACAAACUCAGACUACCAGUAACAGAUAAAAGCAGAACAGUGGCAGCUUGCCCAGAAGCAGUCUCUGUGCGUACAACGAGGUAACCACCAGUUGUCCUCGAAUCAAUUCUGACUCCUGGCAACCCCAUGUGAGUCAUAGUAGAACUGUGCUCCAUAGGGUUUUCAGUGGCUUGUUUUUUUAGAAGUCGAUCACCAGGCCUUCUGAGGCACCUCUGGGUGGACUCAAACCUCCAACCUUUUGGUUAGUAGCUGAGCACAUUAGAUGUUUGUACCACCCCAGGGACUAUACACAACUUGAUAGGAACAUGAAUUAUCAGGAGGUUUUAACCAAGGAAUCAGAGCAGGGGAGAUGGUUAUAGGGUUUGAAGGGGUAGCAGGCAUUUGGGUUUUUACGGCUGUUGGCGUCAGUAUCUCUAAUUGGCACCUGCUGUAUGACUGCCUCAAAAUCAGGAUUGGAGGGAGACUCAUUAACAACCUGCAAUAUGCAGAUGACCCAACCUUGCUUGCUGAAAGCCAAGAGGACUUGAAGCACUUACUGAUGAAGAUCAAAGACGACAGCCUCCAGUAUGAGUUAUACCUCAACAUAAAGAAAACAAAAGGUCCUCACAGCUAGGCCAAUAAGCAACAUCACAUAAACGGAGAAAAUACUGAAGUUGUCAAGGAUUUCAUUUUACUUGAAUCCACAAUCAAUGCUCAUGGAAGCAGCAAUCAAGAAAUCAAAUGAUGUAUUAUAUUGGGCAAAUCAACUGCAAAAGACCUCUUUAAAGUAUUAAAAAGCAAAACAUCACUUUGAGGAUUAAUGUUCUCCUAACCCAAGCCAUGGUAUUUUCAAUCGCCUCCUAUGCAUGCGGAGCGCUGGUGGCACUGUGCUUAAGUGUUCAGCUGCUAAUGAAAAGGUCAGCAGUUUGAAUCCACCAGCCGCUCCUUGGAAACCCUUUGGGGCAGUUCUGCUCUGUCCUGUGGGGUCGCUAUGAGUUGGAAUCACCUCGAUGGCCAAGGGUUUGGUUUUUGUUUUCUCCAUAUGCAUGCAAAAGCUGGACAGUGAAUAAGAAAGACCGAAGAAGAAUUGAUGCCUUUGACAAAUUACGGUGUUAGCAAAGAAUAUUAAAUAUACCAUGGAUUUCUGGAACAACAAACAAAUCUGUCUUGGAACAAGUAUAGCCAGAAUGCACCUUGGAAGCAAGGAGCGUUCAUCUCACAUACUUUGGACAUGUUAUCAGGAGGGAUCAGCCCCUUGAGAAGGACAUCAUGCUUGGUAGAGGGUCAGCAAAAAAGAGGAGGGCCCUCAAUGAGGUGGGUUGACACAGUGGCUGCAACAAUGGGUUCAAACAUAAUGAGAAUCAUGAGGAUGGCACAGGACUGGGCGGUGUUUCAUUCUUUUGUACACAGGAUUUCUGUGAGUUGGAAUUGACUAAGUGGCCCUUAACAACAACGACUCUAACUGCCUAGGUGGGCUUGCCAGAUUUCAGCUCUCGCCUCUAGCUCACCUGUAGCAUUGUUUCAGUAGCUGACCUUAACUUGUCCAAAGUUCUUUCUUUAGGUACGGUUGUUGUUUGUUGUUGUAUGCCUUCGAGUUGAUUGCGACUGACAGUGACCCUAUAGGACAGAAUAGAACUGGGCCAUAGAGUUUCCUAGGCUGUAAUCUUCAUGGUUGCACAUACCUGGUCUUUUCUCCCUCGGAGCCACUGGUGGGUUCAAAUUACUGACGUUUCAGCCAGCAGCCGAGCAUUUAACCCUUGAGCCACCAGGGCUCUAAUAUCUCUUAAAGGUUACCUAGAAGACGUGUUGUUAUUGUUGUAAUUACCGUCCGGUCGAUUCUGACUCACAGCUUCUGGCUCAGAGGCCCCAGGUGUGGCAGAGUAGAAUUAUUCUCCGUAGGAUUUUCGAGGCUGUGACCUUUUCAGAAGCAGCUAGCUAGGGCUGUCUCCUGAGAUACCUCUAGGUGGAUGCAAACUGCCAACCUUUGGGCCCAGUAGUGAGCACCUAACCAUUUGCUCCGUCCAGUGGCUCCUCUAGAAGGCUUAAAACCUGGAAUCCUAGUGUCAGUUUUAGAGGACGAUUGUUUUUUUCCUGGGUUUCUGAGUUCUCAGAGCCAAUUUUCUCUUGUUAGAUGCCAUUGAGUUGAUUUUUGACUCAUAGUGACCCCAUGUGACAGAGCAGAACUGCAGUUUGAAUCCACAAUCCGCUCCUUGGAAACCCUAUGGGACAGUUCUCUUCGGUACUAUAGGGUUGCUAUGAGCCAGAAUCCACUUGAUGACAAUGGGUUUUUUGGCUUGGUAUUUUAUUUUAAAGAUUAAAUGAACCAGUUGACUGUGUCCAGCACAUAGUAGGUACAGAUAUAGUAGCCAGGAUCCCAUUAUUUUGUAUUUAUGUAUAUCUUUCAUUCCCAUAGUCAGACACUGGGCCCCAAUAUGGUUAAGAAACUUUUUCUUAGCUUCCAAAUAACAAAACCAACAUCAGAACCCAGUAAUACUCUUCCUAGUGCCCUGGGAUCCCUCUCUCAUCCCCAACCAGUACCUUCCUAAAAGGGCAUCUGUACAGUCACUUCCGUUGAUAGGUAUUUGACUCAUUGUUGCAGUCAGAACUUUUCAUAGCCCACAGUGACCCCUCUUUACGAAGCAAAGGUCCCAAGCAAGUUAAGUGACUGGGCUGAGAGGAUAUUGAUGCAAUAAUGGCAAAAUGGGAACUGUAACCCAGAUCUCAUGACGGACAUGUGAAAAAGUACAAGGCCAUAUUUUAACAGUUUUACAUGGGGUAACUGGUUGCCACUGAAUACUUAAUAGUGGGGCUUCCUUUCUACCCAGCCUGGGUUUAUUUCACUCUGACAAAAUCUUUUAAUCUCCCCUCCCAGUUUUAGACUUCACUUGAAAUUGAUCUGCACUUGUAAAGUGCUAAACCCGUGCUGGUGAGAUGAGAAGGCUGACUUGCUUAUAGAACCGGAUAACCAGAGAUCAAAGACAAAUGCCUGAAGAUCACAGAAACAGUUGCUCUGACUUUUUUUCUCGGAUAAGACGCAGUCUAGGGCCCCGAAGCCCUGUAUUUACCCAAAGACUCUUUUGAUAAAAAAUUUAGGACAAUGAAUCUUGAAAACGGUGGAGCCACAUCCAAGAGCAUUUUUGAUCUGGACUAUGCUUCAUGGAAAAUUCGCUUAACGCUAGCGGUAGCUGGUUUUUUCUUUUACCUGGGUGUCUUCAUAGUGUGCCACCAGCUGUCUUCCUCUUUGAAUGCCACUUACCACUCUUUAGUGGCCAAAGAAAAGGUCUUCUGGAAUCUGGCAGCCACUCGCGCUGUCUUUGGCAUUCAGAGUAUUGCCGCAGGUUUGUGGGUUUUGCUGGUGGACCCUGUUCUUCACGCUGAUAAAGCACUUAACCAGCAGAACUGGAGUUGGUUCAGUGUGGCAACAGCCACUGGAUUCUUCUUCUUUGAAAACGUAGCAGUUCACCUGUCCAACUUGUUUUUCCGGACCUUUGAUUUGUUUUUAGCUACCCACCAUCUCUUUGCCUUUUUUGGAUUUCUUGGCCUAGCUGUCAAUCUCAAAGCUGGCCACUAUCUAGCGAUGACAACCUUGCUCUUGGAGAUGAGCACACCCUUCACCUGCAUAUCCUGGAUGCUCUUAAAGGCCGGCUGGUCGGAGUCUCUGUUUUGGAAGCUGAAUCAGUGGCUUAUGAUCCACCUUUUCCAUUGCCGCAUGAUUUUAACCUACCACAUGUGGUGGGUGUGUUUUUGGCACUGGGAUGCUUUGGUCAACAGCCUGUAUCUGCCUCAUUUUGCUCUCUUCCUUGUUGGACUGGCCCUCCUCACACUAAUCAUUAAUCCAUACUGGACCCAUAAGAAGACUCAACAACUGCUCAGUCCAGUGGAUUGGAACUUUGCGCAGCCAGAAACAAAAAGCUGUCAACCAGGAAGGGCCAAUGGUCAGAUACCCCAGAAGAAGCAGCAGUAGGUGUUUCUGGAACCCGGGACUCUAAUAGUGCCGACCCAAAUAACGGCACGUGCGAUAAUAUGAAGUUCCUCGAACAAAUAAUUUUAUAAAAAAUGAGGUAGCAAAUGUUUUUUGUUUGUCUAGUCCUGUUUCUCUAAGCAAAAUACUAACUUUAUAUUUCAUUAGUAGUAAUUUUCGAGUAGCCACAAAGUAUUUUUAAAACCUCGAUCCCGUCUCUAGGAGAUUUUUGCCGUCAUAAUUUCUUUGACUGUUAUGGUUUAUUCUUGUAAGCCUAACCAUGUUGCACCAUUUUUAGCAUUCCUUCAAGAAGGGGCUCUGUGGGGUCAAGGCAUUGCAAGCUGUCGAGAAGGAGGGAAGACGGCUUUGAUGGAAUACUUGAAGUGACUUCAUAUUAGAAGUGCCCACUUGGUGAAUGUGGCUGUCAGCAUUGAUUCUUUCUGUUCACGUGUUCACAUUUUGUGUUUUUUAUUCAAAAUCAUAUUCUUCUUUGUUGGAAAGAAUUGGCCUAAGAUGGAAAAGUACUGAUUGGUGUGCAGUGAAAUUUUAAAACUAUGUGUACAAUGGUGCCAUCUAGUGGCAAAAUCCUAUAAAGGCACUGUCAAGGAUUCGUGACCCUCAUGUAUGAAAAAAUAAACACCUGCCUUGAAAUUCACCCACCCUGAUGUGUGCAUGUGGGGUAAUUUAGGUUAGGUCUUCUAAGAAUUUUUUAUCAAGGAAGCUAUCUUAAAAUGAGCAUUUCAAAAAUUUAUAUUACUCGUAUGACAAAAUAAGUUAGGUUUUUCGUAAUUAGGUUUGUCUAGACGUUAGAGCUGUUUUUUAUGGACUAAGUUGCCGAUAGGUGCCCAGACUCGACCCUAAUUCCUUGGUGUUUCUCUGCAGAUUUCAAGGUAAGAUAGUAAUCCCGUUUUCCCUCAAGAUAAGAGCUAGAUGUGGGCACCUCACAGAUUAUCCUUGCAGCUACAGGGUCACUGAGGUCCCUUGCAGCAGUCCCUAGGGUGGGAUUCCAGAGUGCUGAGGUCGGAUCCUUCUUUCCUUAACGGCCUGAUAAAGUGUCCUGUCUCCCUGCUGACACCCACAGUCCAUCAUUUUUAUUGUGUCGUGGUAGAAUUCGUGCACCAGUUUAGCAGUUUUAUUGACACGUACGAACAUUUUGUCGUGGCCACGAGUGUGUAAUUAAAAAAAAGCUCCUGUCUUCUUGAAGGCACUGUUGACGUGUUUGUGAAAAACACGUUGCGUGUGUUGGUCGUGCAGGUCAUGCGUGAGUUGUGCUUGUUACGGAACACACAGCGAUCCGGGUAGCGUGCUUCGAUUAUGCAUGCUUUAAGCUAUACAGGUUAUUGGUUAUGUUUAGGUAAAGGUAUGUAAUACCUGUGUAUCUCGUUUUAAGAAGUGAUUUAACUUUUUAAAAACAUCCAGCAAGCCAUGCCCCUAUUAAGACUGUUAAACUGAAAACCCCAUAGCUUUCUAGCCGCCUGCUCUCUGGGCAGUUUUAUCCUUUCUUCAGGAGGCAGAGAGAGCUGGUGUUGUCUAACCGAGCAGAACUGUACUGAUGUAACUCAUGUUUACAGCACCCAAAUGGAUGUCAGUCCCUGUCUGAAAAUAAACGUACCUUACUGUCCAUAUCACUGUGAAUGUUUUCUCUCUCGAAGAUACAAAAUGUGAUAAGUCUUUAUGUGUUAAAAAUUCAGCUUAGAGUUUGAAGUAUUUAGUUUAAUGUGUAACUGACGUUCACUAGAACUUCGACUUUCCCAGGGGUCCACCCUUUAUGCCCUGAUAGGUCUUAAUAAAUAUGUUGCUGAAAUGCAAAGAGACAGGUAAGUGCCGUAAAAAUGCCAGCUAACCUGCUCUGUCUGGUCUCAUCCACACGUUGACACUCCAUUGCGACCCGGGCCUUCUCAGUAGCAAACACUAAAACAAGGGUGUUGGGUACCAAAAGCUUUUUGAAACGUAUGAUCCAGGAUCCCACGUGCUGUUAUUGCCAAGGGGCAGCUAAUACCUUCCAAAUCUGUGUGGCACUUUACUACGAGUCUUCACUAACCUCCUUCAGCCCUCCUGUCAACCCUGUGAGUGGAUACCACCUACAGAUGAGUAAAGAGAGAGACUCAGUACGGUUGAAGUGACUCUCGAGAGCCUCGGCUCUUACAUGCAAAGUUAGGGCUUGAAUCUGGGUCUGUCUGUCUCAAAGGAUGCAAACUGGCAGCCCUCCAGCUGCAGAUGUUUUUUGUUUGACUUGUAUGUUGUUUAUCACGAAUUAGAGCAAAUGUUAAGUGGGAGAUUUCGUGUAACAAUCAGGAUUUCUGAGUCUUGAAAAACCAGAAAAUCUGGCAAUAUUGGCCUUAACUGUCCGCAUGAUU